CGACGCCGCACGCUCCCCGGACUUUCUAUUGGCAGACCUCAUCUUCGUGAAGACCAUGAGCUGGACAGGAUUCAAAAAAUCCCUAAACAGGGCAGGAACCACAGUCUUGCAAAAGACUGGUCAGAUCGAACGCACAGUAGAUCGCGAGUUUGCUGAUGAAGAAUCAAAGUAUAGAGCUUUCGAGAAGGAAUGCCAGGCUUUACAGAAAGAUAGCAAGAGCUACAAUGACGCUAUGAGAGCGAUGACCGCUGCCCAAGCGCGAUUGGCGGAAACGAUCGAAUCCUUCUAUGGUGCCGCCGAUCGCACCUCCGAUAGUGCAAUGGCAAGCCACGCUUUCAAGAACGCUGUACAGGAUCUGGACGCAAGUGUGCAGAGAGAAUUAGAUGCACCCUACCGCACAACCAUCAUGGAGCCUCUGGGCAAGAUGAAUGCAUAUUUCCCUAUCAUCAACGAACAUAUAUCGAAGAGGAACAAGAAGUUACUUGACUACGAUGCAGCAAGAAGCAAACUCCGUAAGGUGAUAGAGAAACCCAGCGAUGACCCUACGAAGUUGCCCAAGGCACAACAAGAGCACGAUGACACGAAGGAGGUCUUCGAAUUGCUCAACGAUCAGCUCAUAGGGGAACUCCCUCAACUACUGGACCUCCGUGUCCCAUACUUUGACCCUAGUUUUGAAGCCAUGAUACGCAUGCAAUGCAAAUUUGCAGAGGAAGGCUACGAGAAGCUUAGUACUGUCCAGAGAUACUUUACGGACAACGUGCGAGACGACUACGCCGCGGGCCAGCUGGAUGCUCAGGUUGAAGGUGUUCUGCAAGAGAUGAAGGAGUUGUCAAUUUGCGGCGGUAACUAGCUCAGCACCCUUCCGUUACUGGUUAUGCAGCAGGAUUAUAUAUAUGAUGUUCACUGAGGACUGGAGUGGUUUGGCAGC